AUGAGCACAGAGACGCUCUACAUCUCCAAUGACGCUCCCGGUACCGCACUCGCAAUGAUCGCAGCUACCUAUCUGCGCUCAGCUCUGCCCGCCAUCAAGCAGGCAGAACAAAUCAGCUUCGGAUCCGUACACGGAAAGCUAGCAGAUGCUGUCGUCGAGCUCGCGAACCGGACUGGGGCAGCCAAAGGAGUGCUUGGAAGCGAUGACGCCGAACGAGGCGAGAUUCUCGAGUGGCUUGGAAAAGUACAGUUCGGCUAUCUGACAAAGAACACUCAGAAGGAUGUCAGGACGCUCGACGAGCACCUCAAGUCGCGCACUUUUGUAGCGAGCAAGCAGCUUUCUGCGGCUGAUCUUGCAAUCUACGCUGCAUCACAUACCUUCGUCUCUGCCGCCAGCCAGCAAGAGCGCACCAGCGUGCCAUCUGUGGCGCGCCACUACGAUCUCAUUCAGAAUUUGCCAGAAGUACAACAAGCGCUUGCACGACUUCCCCAGCAUCCGAUAUCGCGAGUCGAGAUCGACCUGGACGAUGUCCCUGUCAUUGAUCGCAAAGCAGAAGUCAAGGUGAAGAAAGAUUCGAAGCCAAAGGACACUGAUCAGUUACCGACACCUUCCGCCAAAGAGCAAGCCUCUGAGCCUGCGAAAGCAUCUGCAGCUGCCAAAGAAGCCAAGAGCCAAUCUGGCGAGAGCGGCAAGAAGAAGAAGUCCGCCGAGAGCGGCGGGGGCGGUGGCAAGGGAUCAGCUGCCCCGCCUGCAGCCGAUGCUACGCCAAUGCCACACAUGCUCGAUCUGCGUGUUGGCAAGAUCAUAGAGGUCAAGCGACAUCCGGAUGCAGAUUCGCUGUACGUCGAGCAGGUCGAUGUGGGCGAGGCAGAGCCAAGAACGAUCGUAUCCGGCUUGGUCAAGUACAUCAACAUCGAAGACAUGCAGAACCGCUACCUGGUUGCGGUCUGCAACAUGAAGCCUGCCAACAUGCGCGGCAUCAAGUCUUUCGCCAUGGUUCUUGCUGCCACGUCGCCGGAUGGCAAGGAGGGUCACGGCAGCGUCGAGCUUGUCGAUCCUCCCAAAGAAUCCAAGCCAGGUGAUCGCGUUUACUUUGAUGGCUUCGAAGGCGACUACAAGCCGCUCGAUGUGCUCAAUCCGAAAAAGAAACAAUUCGAAGUCAUUCAGCCAGGCUUCACCACGCUACCGACCAAGGAAGCAGCUUGGAUUGAUAAGACCACGCAGACGGUUCACAAGAUUGUGACCGACAAGGGCCGGAAGAAGAAGUCCUUACACACGACUUUGCAUCCGCAUAGACAGACAACAACAGUACCCUGCAUCGUCCUCACUCAACACGCGCACGGCUCGCACGAAGCCGAUCUACACGCCCUCGACACACCGAGGACCCACCUCUUUACACCUUCUAGCUUCUCAGGAUCGAUUCCGAGGAUGCGAUUUGCGGGACUACACAACGGGCAGCACCAAAUGCUGCGGUUAGCGAAGCGAGAGCCACAGCGCAACGCCGGCGCAGGAGCAGCAUCUAGCGCGACAGCUGCAUCAUCAACAGCCGCUCAAGGAGGUAGCUCCGCUGCUAAUUCACAAAAUGCAGCCACUUCAUCCCAACCGAGCUCAUCCGCCCCUGCCGCACCCACUACUAGCUCGCAAGCUCCUCCCCCUGCUCAACCUACUCGUACUACUCAAUCGUCGAGCUCGUCAAGUGCAGCUCCCGUCGUACAGCCCUCAACGACGUCGACUAGCAGCUCAGUCCAGCCUGUCGUCGUGGCACCUACGACCAGCUCGUCAAGCUCGGUGGCCGCUAUCAUUGUGCCCACCACAACCAGCUCGACCCAGCCUUUGAUAGCUUCCAUCCUGACAUCAUCCAGUCUGACUUAUGCAACCGCAGUCGUCUCUGUAUCCUCGCUACCUCUGCCGUCUGUUCAAUCGCAUGUCGAUUCCGAUACAUCGUCCAGUUCGACUCACACUGGCACAAUCGUCGGCAUCGCAGCUGGCGCGCUCGUUGGUCUCGUCGUACUAUCGGGUCUCGUUACCUACUUUGUUCGCACGAAAGGCCUGUUCGGCGGCGGUCGCGCCGACGAUGGCAUAGAAGAGGACGAGUGGAACGAUCCCGGCUUGUUCGACAAGGAGAAAUUCAAGCGUAUGUCUACUAUGAUCGGCGAGGACGAUUAUCCUUACGAAGGCGAGGCACCACCUGGUUCCGCUUGGGCCCUGCCGCCCGGUGUUGCAAGGCAUAGCGUCGGACAAGAGCCCGUCAACAUGGCAGGUAUGGGACGCACGCAUGCCGGUCUCAGGCCACCCUCCAUGGUCGAGCGACAUAUCCUUGCGACGCAGCAGCAGCAGGAGGAUAGCCUUACUACGCCAUCCUUUGUCGUCCAAGACUACGCACCUGCCUCCCCCACGUUCGAGAACCAUAUGAUGCCUGCGCAAGCACAGCAAGGCUUCUAUGGCGCACCCCAAGGCUUCGGCGCUCUCGGCUCUGCCUACCCGCCUCAUAGCGUUAGCUCGUACGGCUACGCGCAAGAGCAAACCAACGCGUUCAAUGGCCAGCCAGAGCUGCAACGUCAGAGGUCGCAGGCCAGCAUGGCGCCAUCGAACGGCCGGAGACUAUCUGUGCUACAGGAGGACUAUCGUGGCGCGGAAGACGAUCGAGAGGGCGCUCUGGCAACUUCGCGUAGCGGCACGCCCACCAAUCCCAAUCCUCAGUACGUACACUAUGUUCACGGCGGCGAUGGCAACGAUUCAAAUCGAUAUUCGAAAGAAGAGAGCAGUCUUGACUUUCAUCAGAUGGCGUCACCCGAGUCGCUCAGUCCCUCAGAUCGAUACUCCGAGGUAUACGGCAGCAGCGGAUCUCAGUCCAGUCGCAGCAACUCAAAGGCGACUCGGACGCUGAGCGUCCGCAAUGGCGAUAGCGACGCGCAUUACUGAUGAUGUCACUGCAUGGACUCUGAUUUUGCAUCCUCCUUCGUUGUCUCUAUCUGCGUAUGCAAUACUGCUCGCUUACCGCGACACGGCCUACGGGGAAUACUGAGACGGGAACCUGUUGAUCCAUUGAUGCUUACGACUGCUUGCACUUCUGCUACCACACCCAACGUCGCGACUGUAUGACUAACGAGAGA